GACGUGCGUACCUUCUAGUCUAGUCUAGUCUCGUCUCGUCCCGUCUCGUCCCCUCUGCCUCGCUUCCGCCGCUUUCCACACACGAGACAGAACGUCACCUCGAGCGAUGCCGCCGGUGGUCCCGAGAUCCGGCAGGAUAGUUCGUCGGACGGCGAUGAUCGGCGCAGCCACCGCCGCCUACCUGCUCCUCACCGCCGACUACGGACCCGACUUCCUGGAUCCUAUAAGGGGUUCGUUGGCGUUGUUCUCCAAAUCAGACACAGACAAGGACAAUGUUCAUCAGGCUGAACAAGAUAGAAGAAGUAACAUGGAGCCAGAUGGUGUGGUAGUCAAAAGUAGCAGUGCAUCAUCGCGUACUAGGAAUUAAGCUAGCUAAGGGAGACCAUGGUUUGAACCUUUGGAUCUGCUGUCUGUGUUUCCAUGCUUCCAGUUCAGAGAGCUGGGCUGCUAACAAGUCGGUUAGUCAGAUCGGAUUCCCCUUGUGUUCUCAAUCAGCAGUUACAGUAGUGAUGUACUCAUGUAGCCGGACGCAGUGGCAUGCUAUAAUGCUAGCGUGACCGUCUAGGUAAAUGCCACCGAUUAGAGAUGGCAAUGGUACCCACGACCCGAUAACUGAUAGGUAUUUAUUUUAUUAGGGUAUGUAUGUAGGCUAAAUAUUCUACCUAUGGGUCUGUUAUUAAGCAAAAAUCUUCAUCCAAUAGAUAAAUGGGUAUUAGAACGUUC